GGCGACACCCUUCCCUUCUUUUCCCUUCCCUACCGCUCUGCUACCGCGGAUCAGAAUUCUCCUCCAGGUCCUGCUCCUUCCGCUCUGCUAUAAUUUUCCCAGCAGCUCGAAAAAAAGAAGCAUCGAGCUCUGACUUGCCCCCCUCGUUUUAUUCCCUUUCCUAUUCAAGUCCUAGCAAUCGUAAAAAGAAAAAAAGCCGCUUGCAAACCAGUUCGAGGUCACAAAAUAGCGCGCAAUGGUUGAUAUUUUCCAAUUAGCAGGAAGAGAGCAAAAAAAAAAAAAAAAGAGGGAGGGGGGGAUGUUCAAGCCAAAUGUCAAAGUUCGUUUUCUGGACUUCAGCUAGCCGAAUUCUCCUUCACAAUAACCUGCCAAGUGGAGAAUGUAAAGCACCUGAAAUUAAUACACUCUAAUUGAAAAUUGUCAAGGUUGGGAAACACUGCUGAACGUUGAUUAUGGCUAUUUCCAGCCUUGUCCGGCCUUGUCUAUUUCAGUACAUUGGGACUGUACCCAGAUUGGUUGCUAGAUGCCAAAAAAACCCUAGGAGUAUAUGGAAUAGGAGUGCCGCUCUAUCCAGAAUUGAGAAGAAAGCCACAGUACCACUGAAGACAUGUCUGCUCUUUCCUUCUCUCCAAUGGAGCAUCAGCAACAUAACUAAGAGAAAUCUGCACACCAGCCAGCUUCAUCUCCAGGAAGUAAUGCUCACCUGUGAACGCUAUGGGGUAGAGAGGCUGCCUUUUGCCUGUAUUUCUGAUUCUGAUUUAAAUUUCUUUGAGCACCUUUUGCCUGGGAGGGUCAUUACUGAUGCAGAGGAACUCAAAUCUUUCAAUGUGGACUGGCUAAAGUCUGUGAGAGGCUGCAGUACACUACUGCUAAAGCCACGGACAACAAUGGAAGUAUCUCAGAUUCUCAAGUAUUGCAAUGAGAAAAACUUGGCUGUGAAUCCUCAGGGAGGCAAUACCGGCCUUGUUGGUGGCAGUGUUCCUGUCUUUGAUGAGAUCAUUCUUUCUACAGGACUUAUGAACCAGAUCAUCAGUUUCGACCAUAUUUCUGGAAUCCUGGUUUGCCAGGCGGGCUGCAUUUUAGAGAACCUCAACCAGUAUUUGGAGCCAAAGGGCUUUGUCAUGCCUCUUGACCUUGGAGCCAAAGGCAGUUGCCAUAUUGGAGGAAAUGUAGCUACAAACGCAGGCGGCUUGCGCCUCCUAAGGUAUGGAUCUCUUCGAGGGACAGUUCUUGGAUUAGAAGUGGUGCUGGCUGAUGGCUCCAUCCUGAACUGUUUGGCAUCUCUGCGGAAAGAUAAUACUGGCUAUGACUUGAAGCAGCUUUUCAUUGGCUCAGAGGGGACUUUGGGGAUGGUCACUGCUGUAUCCAUCCUCUGUCCACGGAAACCAAAUGCUGUGAAUCUGGCAUUUCUUGCUUGCCCAAGUUUCUCUCAAGUCCUGAAAACCUUCAUAAUCUGCAAGGAUAUGCUGGGAGAAAUUCUUUCUGCUUAUGAGUUCAUGGACAAUGGAUGCAUGAAGUUGGUAGAGAGACAUCUGAAACUGACCAACCCAGUAGCAGAAAGUCCCUUUUAUGUGUUAAUUGAGACUUCAGGCUCCAAUUCUAUUCAUGAUGAGGAAAAACUCAGCCAUUUCCUGGAACAUGUAAUGGACUCAGAUUUGGUAGUAGAUGGAACUCUGGCCUCAGAAGGAAAAAAGAUAAAGGCAUUAUGGGCUUUACGGGAACGUAUCACAGAAGCCCUGACAUGUGAUGGAGUUGUUUAUAAAUAUGACAUUUCACUCCCUGUGGAAAAACUCUAUGAUCUUGUGACUGACAUGAAAGUACGGCUGGAUACAGCUGCUAAGAAUGUGGUUGGCUAUGGACAUCUAGGAGAUGGAAACUUGCACCUGAAUGUAACAGCAGAGUCAUAUAGUCAUUCUCUGCUGGAUGCUAUUGAGCCAUAUGUGUAUGAGUGGGUUUCACAAUAUUAUGGAAGCAUCAGUGCAGAGCAUGGCCUGGGUUUCAAGAAGAAGCAUUACAUCCACUACAGUAAGCCAAAAGAAGCAGUUCUUCUCAUGCAGCAGUUCAAGGUUAUGUUAGAUCCUAAAGGAAUUUUAAACCCUUAUAAAACAUUACCGUCAAAGGCUGUAAGAUGAUUCUUUGGGAAGAGUUAACCUAUUGCUUGAAGUAUGGUGUAUCACGUCUUUUUGUAAAGAAACUCUGAAAGCCAGAGCCAGUUUUCUAUUUUUCUAAACAAGAAGAAUAAAACAAUUGAAUUGGAUUCAUCUCAUAGAAUUAUCUACCACAGGGGUCUCCAUAUUUGGCAACUUUAAGACUUGUGGACUUCAACUCCCAGAAUUCCUCAGCCAGAACUGGCUGAGGAAUUCUGG